CCCAAAGUUGAGGUCAAACACUUAGAUGCCUCACUUUGGUAGACAACAGGUGGGAGAUGGGCGACUUUUUACUAAUAAAAAAAAUAGUAGGCUUUCCAGUGAACGCGUGACGUACGCGUGACGUACGGCGGGCGCGUCGAGGCCCGGCCAAUGGCGGCGUUUACCGCCCCAUAUAUACUUGAACCGGCGACCGAACGACUCAAAGUUUAAACGCACGCUGUUCAGUUCGCACGAGUGUGUUCAAAGUGACCGUUCCCGCCGUCCAUACUCCACUCGCCGUUUGCCGCUAGCCGCUCGCCGCCCGCAGUACGAACGCGCGAAAGUGUUUUGUGUACAUCGUUCUCUACCGUAUAAACUAUGCAUCUAAGCUCAGUGGUGGUGGCGUUGGCAGCAGUCUGCGCGCUGGCGCCCGGCGCGGCCGCGUCGCCCGCCCCCGCGCACCACGUGGCGCGUCGCUCCUUCUUCAAGUUGCAGUGCAAGGGCAUCUACGACGCCUCCAUCUUUGCCCGCCUCGACCGCAUCUGCGACGACUGCUACAACCUCUUCCGGGAGCCCUCUCUCUACAAUCUCUGCAGGCAGGAAUGUUUUCAGUCAAAAUACUUCGAUGGUUGUGUGGAGACUCUGCUACUCACGGACGAAAAGGAGGAAAUUGAACAACUGGUCGACUAUCUCGGCAAACGCUAAGUUACCCCUAGCUCGCCGGACACCUUGCGACAUAUGACAAACAUGUACCCGACCGAGUCGAAACACCACCGUCGCAGAGUAAACUAUGACCAUCGCAUCAGUCACCGUGACUCCACCGCUUCGCCAACAAAAAGCAGAAACGACUGUCGUCUUCCUCCGCACCGACGUCUGCUUUCUAUCCUCAACGUAUUCUAGUCUUUACCGCGACAUAAAAUUUAUUUAUGUUUGCAACUAAUUGUAAUAUUAUCAUAAUUUGUGUUAGAUAAUGUGUAUACAAUUUUAAGGAUAUUUUGUGUAUUUAAUAGUUUAGACGGAAAAAAAAUGCAAAUUUUUGUGUUAGUCGAUGUUGUUGGCUUCUAUCGAGCUACAGAUGUGUAAAGUACGUUAAACAUUUCUUUUUUUACACCUCCUAGCUUUUUUAAAUUUUCACAUAAAUCUGGAUCAGACAAUCCCGGUUCGAUGCUGGCCAUCUCAUCCGAUCUGUCUUUGGUAAAAGAACUAAAAAAACAAUACUUUCCGACUGAAGUCUUUUAAAUUACAUUGCGACGCAUUCCAAGCACAGUAUUUAAAAACGCUUUUAACUUUUAUAUUUUGGUUUCUUUGACUAACAUUGCCUUAUAUUACUGACGGUAUUAUAUUAUGUAUUAUAUUAUGAUUUAGUGUUUGUAGACAUGUAAAUAUAUAAAUCGAUCGAACAAAAUGUAUCAACGGGUCCACAUAUAAUUCAACAAUGUCAUCUUUUUUGGAUAAAAAAUCGAUUUUUUUCUAUUCUGUUCGAUUUACUUUUUUUACAACAAAUAAAAACAAAGUUGAAAUAUUACUCAAAUAUGACCUGUUGAAUUUGUUGUGUGACAUGUUCUAUUAAUUUUUUUUUAUUUUAAUGAUAUUUAGUUUUAAUUGCACAUUUUGUAUUUAAUGCAUCACAUAUGCUUAUAUUUACUUGAGCCAUAUUGGUAACCUUCGCGUUACAUCAACGAAGCAAAGGACAUACUUGACUCAUCCAAAUGUUAACAACCUUUUUGGUAAGUGUUGUCAGUAACUGGCAACACUAUAGAA